CCCGGGCUUCAUUCCCGAUCGCUUGGUGACUCAGCAGGGCCUCUGCAUCGAUCUUCGACUGGCUCUCCGGCCACUCACUGAGGCCUUCAGUCUGUCAUUUCUGUAAUAGGCCUUGGCUUGGGCCUCUAAAGGCUCAUAGGCCUCGCAUCCAGGCCUUGUCCACGUGGGGUUUGAGGCCUAACUAUCGGUUAGGCCUUUCAAGAUGGCCGCCGUUCCUCCAGUCCGGCCUAGUAAAAGGAAGCAACAUCAGACCAGUCCAAGCCCAGGGCCUAGUGCUUCGAGCUCUCAUGCACCCACAAGGUCAGAGACACUUCAAUCCUCCAUUUCUAAGCCCCAAAAGGCUAUUUCUAAGACUUCUGAAAAGAAGGCCCUACAACGCCAGAAGGCUAUGGAUAGGGCCAUUGCUAGGGCAGUGAGGGAAUCUGCUGAUACUAUACAGGAACAGCAAUCCACCUCCUUACCAGUUCAGCCUCCUGUGCAGUCUCCUGGGGCUCCAUUAACUUUAUCUCCUGAUAUAUCUGUAGACUCAUCCCAACCUCUGCCCAAUUCUGAUUUAUUCUGUCCUAUUUCUGUAUCUGAAAUGGAGGUUUUACCUGCAGCCCCGCCAGUACUUGAGUCAGCAGAGGUUCCUUCUAGUGCCACUAUUCCAAUGGGGCCUGUGAGUCACCAGGCAGUUGCCCCAGUGGCUAAUGACCCUGCAGUUAUGGCAGAAAUGAUUGCAGCUGCUGUUCAGAGGGGUAUUACUGCUUCCAGGCAGACAAGAACCCAUUCAUGGGUUUCAGAAUAUGUAGCAUCCCAAACUAGUCACGAUUUGGUGCAGGACUACUCCACACCUCAAGCUGAAGAUUUCCAGGCUCAUUCUCCAUCUCGGGCCUCACUGGGGGAUGAAGGGGACCUUAGGGAUGAGAACCUCUCUGAGGAUGAGGAUUUGGUUCCAGACCAACCCUCCUUUGUGGGUCUCUUCAACCCACAAUUAUUUCGGUCUUUGCUACACAAGGCCAAGGUCACUACCCGGCUGGGAGUGGCCCGUCCGGCCCAAUUCCCACCUCAGAGACCACUGAUCCACCCAUGGACUUGUUUUCAGUUCCGUGGUCGAGACAGAAGAGGUGCCUGCCCCCAAGCUCUUUGUGGAAGUAGUCGAUAG